CGCCUGCUGGGUUCUGCUGGGAAUCCCUUUGCACACCCAGCCCCCCGAUCCCCCCGGCCCUUGGUGACGGACCAGCACACCCGUAACAGAGUGCUGAGGAGGGGGUUCAGUGCUGCACGCGUGCCGCAGGAUUUGGAUGCUGUUGUCAUUGGCAGUGGCAUUGGGGGGCUGGCAGCUGCGUGCAUCCUGGCCAAGGUGGGCAAACGUGUGCUGGUGCUGGAGCAGCACGACCAGGCCGGGGGCUGCUGCCACACCUUCCAGGAGCGGGGCAAUGAGUUUGACGUGGGCAUCCACUACGUGGGGCAGAUGCACGAGGGCAGCAUGCUGCGUGUGCUGCUGGACCAGCUGACAGACGGGCAGCUGUGCUGGCAGCGCCUGCCUGACCCCUAUGAUGAGGUGACCCUGGGCCCGCGCUGCUAUCAGCUCCGUGCCGGCAAAGCUGCCUUCGUUGCUGCGUUGGAGGAGCAGUUCCCUGAGGAGAAGGCGGCGAUCCGGGAGUUCAUGAGGCUGUCCAAGGUGGGGCUGUGCUGGGGGAGUGUGGGGGGGUGA